AUGCAUAGAGAAUAUAUUCCAAGAGAAAUAUCGAGAAUAAAAUUUGAAAUAUUAACGGAGAAAGAGAUUCGUGGAAUGUCUGUUCUGUCGGUUACUUCUCGUGACUUAUACUCAAGCGAAAACAAAGCACCUGCCACCACAGGCCCACUUGAUUUAAGACUAGGCCCCAGCACAAAGGAUGCAGUGUGCAGUACGUGUGGAGAGAAAAUGGCAGAGUGUGUGGGGCACUUCGGACACAUUGAACUGGCCCUCCCCGUAUACCACCCAGGUCUGUUAAAGAACACCCAUAAAGUGCUGCAGAGUGUGUGCAAGCAGUGCUCGUCAAUUCUCUUGCCUGCAGAGGUACAAGCACAACUGCUAAUUAAGCUACGCGCCAGAAAAGGAAAUAGAACGCUAGAGCAGAGAGUCAUAAAAAAAGUAUUUGACGAAUCAAAAAAAACAGUAGAGUGUUUUAGCUGUAACAGUAUUAAUGGAAUAGUGCGAAAGACCGGGUUUAAGUUCUUUCACAGGGUGCACAGACUAAAAAAGCACGACACACAGAAGGAGAUUGAGCGAACCCUGUACAGUGCAUCGGUCAAAGACAAUCCAGAACUGACCAAUUGGAUCAAUAAUACCCCAGAUGAAUAUCUCUCACCAAUCACUGUACAGGAGGUACUCCGAAAUAUUACAGAGGAUGCAAAGUCUCUUCUAGGAGUAUCGUGUGAUGUUGUAUCACUAAUGAUUACUUGUCUACCUGUACCACCCGGAACAAUCCGGCCGAGUGUGAUGUCUUUAGACUCAUCAUCAAAUGAAGAUGAUCUAACCAUAAAGCUAAGUGAAAUAUCGUACACGUCACAGCUGAUUAGAGAUGAGAUUGCAAAGGGUGCUUCUCUGCACGCACUCGCUGAGAACUGGGACUUAUUGCAGUCACAGUGUGCACAGCUCAUUAGCUCAGACUCUCGGCCAGAUGCUGCUAAAAUAAGAAGUUUAGUACAAAGACUGAAGGGAAAGCACGGCCGGUUUAGAGGGAAUCUGUCUGGGAAGAGAGUGGAGUUCUCUGGGCGUACUGUCAUAUCCCCUGAUCCAAAUUUGAGUGUUGAGCAGGUUGGUAUUCCUGAGGAAAUGGCAAAAACCCUCACAGUACCCAUUCCCAUAACAGAAGGGAAUAAGAAUAAAAUGAGUGCCUUGUCAAAAAAUGGAUGCUCAACAUACCCCGGUGCAAAUUACCUUUUAAAACAAGACAGGAGAAUAUUCCUAAGGAAGGAUAAUAAUAUUGUAUUAGAAGAGGGAGACAUCCUGGAGAGACACAUGCAAGACUCAGAUGUUGUACUAUUCAACAGACAGCCGUCAUUGCACAGGCUUAGUAUAAUGGCACAUAAAGUAAAAGUACUCCCAGGGCGUACUCUUAGAUUCAAUGAGUGCGUGUGCUCCCCAUAUAAUGCAGACUUUGAUGGUGAUGAGAUGAACAUUCACUUACCACAGACAGUUGAAGCACGUGUAGAGGCACUUGAGCUAAUGGGAGUAAAAAACAAUCUGUCUGUGCCGCGCAAUGGGCAGCCGCUGAUUGCUGCCACACAGGAUUUCAUUACGGGCAGUUAUCUUAUAACAAAGAAGUCUACAUUCUUUACUAAGAAGCAGUUUGGGCAGUUUAUAACGUACGCCCUGCCUAACUCAACAGAAAGAAUCCGUGCAAAGCCAACUAUUCUAAGACCUGCUGUAAUCUACACGGGAAAGACUCUCUUCAGCACAGCACUGAACUUAUCAAUUUCUGUAGAAAUACGUACGCGUAAUUAUACGCCAAGCACUGUACCUAGUGCACAGAAUGAAGGAGUAUUCGUGAUGAGGGAUGGUGAGAUACUUUUUGGGAGGGCAGAUAAGAGAAUAGUCGGUGCAGAAGAAGGUACAAUUUUCCAUUAUGAAUUAAGAGAGGGCGGUCCCCUGGUGGUUGUUAAAGCCCUUGAUGCUAUUGCCAGGCUGUGUUCUAGGUAUCUUGGUGAGUCUGGGUUUAGUAUAGGCCUAGAUGAUGUAUUUGCAGAGCCUGACCUGUACCAGCUUAUAACAAAAGCCGUCGAUGCGUGUGAGGUUGAAGCAGCCAGUAAGCCAGCCGACAGUACAAUUUCCAUUCUAUCCAGAGCCAGAGAAGAUGCGGGUAAGCACUGCAUUGAAAGACUCUCCCCACAUAAUUCACCGGUUAUUAUGCAGGCCUGUGGGAGCAAAGGCAGUUUAAUAAAUGUAUCACAGAUGGUUGCGUGUGUAGGACAGCAAGUCGUUGGUGGACAGAGAAUAUCCUUAGAUUUCGGAGACAGAACACUUCCCCACUUCCAAGGGGACACAAAUGCAUCUCGUGGAUUUGUCAGGUCUUCUUUCUGUGCUGGACUUCUUCCAACAGAGUUCUUCUUCCAUGCCGUCAGUGGAAGAGAAGGAUUAGUAGACACAGCCGUUAAAACCGCAGAGACAGGGUAUAUGCAAAGACGUCUAAUGAAAGUGUUAGAGGGCGUAUAUGUGGCAUAUGAUGGAACCGUAAGAAGGGGCAAGCAAAUAAUCCAGAUGCAAUUUGGAGAUGAUGGACUAGACCCAGUUGUUCUACAGAAGGGUACUCUCACCACGGAUAUGCCCAUAGCACACUCCUGGGCUAUAAGCACCUGCACUAAACUAUCAGAGGAUAAGAACUCAAAUGGACUGAGUUCUCUUGAUAGAGUGCACCCAUCAGUGGUUCUUAUAUACGAUGCAGUCCUAUCUAUAUGGAACUCUAUUUAUAACUCGUACGCAGGCAUAGUCACAAAUGAUUUAUGGAGUAUGGUGAAUAAAUCAGUUGGGUACACUUUGUUUAGGCACAAUAACACUCAUCUGAUUAAGUUAAUGAACACAUUCACAAAGACACACGCCAUGACCGCCCCAGUCAAGCAGUUAUUCAUCAGUAAAAUGCUAUUCCAGGCACUUAAGUCACAGAUAGAGUAUGGAACAGCCGUGGGUGCAUUAGCUGCACAGAGUAUUGGUGAACCAGGCACACAGAUGACACUUAAAACAUUCCACUUGGCAGGUACAUCAGGCGCAAGUAUCACACUCGGAGUACCCAGGCUCAAGGAAAUCAUCAAUGCAAGCACUGCCAUCAGCACUCCCCUCAUAAAAAUCAUUCCACUCGAUGGUCAUUUCAAGUACAUCCCAGACCGUGUCCAGCCCAUAUUAAUAAGCGACUUAGCAGAGUCCGUCUCCAUUAACAAAACCUCAGCUGUAUUCAAAAUAUCCAGCAGUUUAAUCAUGAAGUACAACGUAGAUAAAGAAAUAAAAUCACUUGGUGGAGUGAAGAAGGAUGACACCUACUACUGGGAGGCACCACUAGAGAAAUACCUCCCAUCAGAGGUUGAUAAGCUCUUAAAAACAAAAGUCAAGGGAAUCUCAUCAGUCACAAGAGUGAUCACCACAGACACUGAAAUCAUCGCAGAGGGGACAGGGUUACUUGACAUACUCGGUGUAGAAGGUGUCAAUUCAGCACGGACCAGUACGAAUAAUAUUUAUGAGACGUACAAAACCCUGGGCAUAGAAGCAGCCAGAGAGUCCAUCGUAAAGGAGAUACAGUACACAAUCGGCCAGCACGGCAUAUCCGUGGAUACACGGCACAUUGGCCUCCUUGCUGACGUAAUGUGCUUUACAGGCGAGAUAUGCGGGAUGACCAGGUUCGGCCUACAGAAGAUGGGCGGAUCAAGUGUACUUACACUGGCCAGUUUUGAGCAGACGGGUGAGCAUUUAUUCACAGCGAGUUAUUCCGGGUACGAGGACCAAAUUAACGGUGUAAGUGAGUGCAUAAUCAGUGGGCAAAGAAUUCCGAUUGGCACGGGCUCAUUCAAAAUUCUAUUUGACUGCAAUACAAAAAAAUAA